UUGCCGUUCUGUUUGCUUCAUUCUUUAUCGUACGAGCUAUGGCCACCGCGGUUGCUAAAUCAGUUAGGUGGACUUCCCUCAUCGCGGCCGAGUCGUUGUACAGCGAAUUUGAAAUGGGUCGAGUGACAUCAAGUAAUAGUGCUAUUACAGCUGCUGCCCUCUGAUAUUCUCCCGUGAAGCUCUUGUCUGCAGCCCACGUGCCUUGUCUUUUCGCCUGCGUAAGUGCGAGCCUCGACUGCUCUCCUGAUGUGUCGCCCUAUACGGGUUAUAAACACCAAACAAAUGGUCGUAUUUUUUCCCAUCAUUCUUCUCUCUUUUCCUGGCUUUGUGAACUCCACGACGUCUUACGGGACCGCGACUGGAAAUAUCGGCACCGUCUUCGCAGACGAUGCAUUGAAGCAGACGGCGCAGCAUGGCGAACGUCGCCGGCAAACCACACCGAGCGAGUUCGCUAUACACAAAGUGAACGCACACUUCAGCUGACCGACCUGGCAAAAAUAGAUGUUUGUUUGGCAUUAGCGCUAGAAUAGACGUUGAUGACGAUGAGAGAUCUUUUGCAUUGUAUCUGCCUUAAUUAAGCACUGCUACUUCAAACUUUCGAACAUCAUAAAACGAAGCGUUUACGUUCAGCCAACUUUGAAGCCAACAUUUUAACUCGUGUUCGUUUCGUCAUUAGCUACAGACGCACUAACUAUCAUUUAACAAUGUAAAGUGGUCAGAUUGACGAAACGAGAUGUGAAGUAAGGGCAAUACGUUGCACAGGCUCUACCGGGAUAUCGCUGCAUCUGACAAGAAAUUCGAGAAUGAUGUGUUUACUUUCGGUCGUUGGCAUCAUCGACUCGUUCGGGGCGCAGGCUCGUCGCAGAUUUCUAAUUGAAAUCGCGUAGAAACACAUAAGGGACGAGGAAUGUCGCUGACGACGUCUGCCUCGGAGUCAGCGUUGGUUGGGCCAGAUCACAACAGCGAUAAAGCGGAUGCUUUGAGCGAUGCUUCCGAUUUGAAAACAACUCCGCCGGAGAAAAUGACACCCGAGGGGUCACCCGAAACGGACCAGUUGACGCUUACUUUCAAUGAAGCAGCUGAUCUGCCCAAGACGAUGCUCUUAUUUCAGCCGGACGCGUACCUCGCGUUGUUUCCUUACUGCCAAGCUAUUCUCAGCUCAAACAAAGUUCUGGACAAAGACGACAAAAUAGAGUCGAUUGGAAUGUGCGUGUCCGCUAUGAUCGUUGCGGAGCUUGAUGCAAUUGCCGCCUCGCCUGGUCAGGAGUACCGCCGACAAACUGCGAAAGCCACUCUUCAGCUGGUCUCCUCGGCAGCGCAGAAAAAAAAUCCGUAUCUGAUUCGUGAGAGUUGCGCCUACGUCAAGGAUCUUCGUCAUCCUAUGGGGACAAGUCUUAAAAAUGAACGUAUUUAUGAAAUAGCACAAGUUCUAGAAUCCCGUGGCUCAAAAUUACUUGUCGUCACAAACGAGGUCUAUCUUCAGUCAAAGUUAUCCAUGAUAAAGCUUCCAUGGGUUAAUAUAAUAGAUUUCCUCACGCAAUAUUACUGGCUCACGCCUACCGUGAACGAACAUAUCAUCGAGAAUCUGCACACGAUCGGAGAAGAGGCCAUGCUUCGGUUUGCCGAAACGAUUGUCACAUCUAUCGUUUGGAAGGGAAGCAUCGCGCUUAUGGCGCCUUUGCCGAUGAACAUACGGCUCAGUAUGUUUCCCCCAAAGCCACUAGACGGGGUCCUGCAUGACAUCGGUCUGCACCGAAAAAAUUUACAGGAUAGAAACGCAGUAUUUGCUGAAAUAAUCAAUUUCCAACAGGUCGAUAAGACAAAAGUUCUGCUAAAUGUGUUCCACGCAACACCUACAAGUCUCGAACGCACUAUAAAUUUUUUGGCUUUUCUUAAAGAGGCCAUCUCUCUCUGCCAGCCUAUUGCAAACAUGUUCGUUAAUAUGACCAGCCGCGUCUAUCUGUUAGACAUCGUCAGCGGUGCCCUUUACGAUCUCGUAUCUCCCAACCCCGCAAAGUCUUCGCUCGCAACAGUGUCUUCCGAAUCAACGUUCCGCGACUCCACGUCCGCGCAUUCAGCUGAAUCCCAUUCAAGAUCGGGCUUGUCUCAGGAAUUGUCAGAUUUGCAAAGCAAACCUUCAGAGUGAUGUACGAUGUCGCCGUCUUCAAUGUGGGUUUCACCUGGCGACGUACAUGUAUUGGCCGGUAGAUAGUGCUACUGCCCGAUGCCUUUCAUUCUUUAUGUCAUUCUCGAAAAGUGCUGACAAAUUGGAAACAGCAGAAUCGGUGACGACUUCAAUACGUAUGAUCAUUUUAGUGGCAAAAAAAUAGGAUAAAAUGGAGGUAAAUGUUUGACAAAAAGAGUCGCCUAUGCAGCGUUGAGGGUUGUUGAAUAGGUAAUAGUUUCUCGGUAAAUACAUACUGUAUACCGGCAUAAGCGUUGAUUACUAGGUGGCACUCUCAGAUUUCUUUGAGUGAACAAAGAAAGAUAAUCUAUUUAUAUACAAAGUGGUAAAUUUCUCACACAAUGGCAAUAUAUCUAAGUGGUUCAUUGAAAUAUCAUUUCUUAUUAAGACAUUUUUUCAUUCUUUCGGCCCGGUUGAACGAAUCCGAAAAUCCUCUAAAGUAACUUGGUUCGCUUCCGUCACAGUGCUAGAAUCCAUUAGACGUGUACGUUCCAGACAGUACGAACACGUCCAUAUAUAUAUAUAUAUAUAUACACAUACAAACAUAUAAGAAAACAGAGAAAGAACACCGAUUUAUGCAUUGGUACUUUAUUGCUUAAGAGUAAAAAUGGCAUUAUAAGAGUAACAUCUGUUCGAUUACACUCAAUAAAAUUAUCAUCUGUAGACACAGGGCUAUACCCUAGUGCUAUAACGAAGCUUACAGACAUAUAUGUAUCCAAAUAAAAUCUAUUUUCUAGUUGGAUCUGUAAGGCAGCUAAUGCGAGCAGGUAGAGCGACCAAAAAGAUUAGUUGUUUAACCUAACCUCUUAAAGGACUUUUUGUAUGCAAAAGUUACCUUAUAUAUACCUCUCAUGAUGAUUUUAUGAUUCUCUUGUGAACUGCGCCUGUGAACACGCUGCCUAUGUAAAUUAUAAAUAAAAUUUGUUAUUAAACGGGAAAAUUUUAUAUUAGUAAAGAGUGAAUUGUAUUUGAUCAAUGAACGAUAUCAUGAUUUGAUUACCGGUGCUUUGCUUGCUGAACCUAGUCAGUUUCGCCUUUUGUCCUUCGCAUUUA